AGUGAGAGAUCGAGAGAGGAAGAGUGCAGGCAGAGCUCCAUCCACAGCCGCGGCACACCGGACUGUCAUCCUCCGCUCUGCUCCCCUUUUUCAUCGGGUCCUACAGUUGGCGGAAGCGGCAUGGAGGCGAUUUGAGACGCACCGCCGAGCCGCCAGCAGUUCCACUUGCUUCAAAAGAAGCGACUCCCUUGACGCGCGUCCGGCUGAAGUCAGAAUAAUGAUGGAGUACUGGAGGCAAUGCGCGCUGUGGUUAAUAAACUGCAAGGUGCUUCCCGCUAACCACCGGGUUACGUGGGAGUCCGCACAGGUAUUCGACUUGGCCCAGACCCUGCGGGAUGGAGUCCUCCUCUGCCACCUGCUCAACAACCUGAGACCCCAAUCCAUCAACCUCAAGGAGAUCAACCUCCGACCGCAGAUGUCACAGUUUCUGUGCCUGAAGAACAUCAGGACGUUCCUGGUGGCAUGCGGCGACGUAUUCGGCAUGAAGAAGAGCGAGCUGUUCGAGGCCUUUGACCUGUUCGACGUCAGAGACUUUGGAAAGGUUAUGGACACGCUCUCGAAACUUUCCCACACUGCGAUUGCACAACAAACAGGAAUCAGGCCUUAUCCAUCAGAAGAGAGUGUUGAAGAUGAGGACAUCUACAACCACCUGGAGGACCUUAUAGACGAGAACGGGGUGGAGGACGAGGAGGAUCUGUACGACUGCGUGUAUGAUGAUGAAGAUGGAGGGGAGAUCUAUGAGGACCUUAUGAAGACAGAAGCCAUCCCUCCUCCGGCGUUCCAAAAGCAAGCAGAGACUGACAUCAGGAGUUGCUGCUUAACAGAGAUCAAGCAGACGGAGGAGAAGUACACUGAGACCCUGGAGUCUAUAGAGAAGCACUUUAUGACGCCGCUCACCAUGUUUCUAUCCAUGGCCGAGAUGGAAAAGGUGUUUGUGAAUAUUCCGGACCUAGUUAAAGUUCAUAAAUGUUUACUGGUGGAAAUCCUCGAGUCAGUCAACCACAGAAGUGCCCAGAACCUUUUCCAGAUCUUUAUCACCUUCAAAGAGAGGUUGCUGAUCUAUGGGAAGUACUGCAGCCACGUGGAAACCGCCAUCGCCGGUCUGGAUGACAUCUGCAAAGACAGAGAGGAUGUACGCAUGAAGCUGGAGGAAUGUUCAAAGAGAGCGAACUACGGCAAGUUCACCCUGAGGGAUCUGCUGGUGGUUCCUAUGCAGCGAGUGUUGAAGUAUCACCUCCUCCUGCAGGAGCUGGUGAAACACACUCACGAUGCCACAGACAAGAGUAAUCUGCGAACAGCGUUGGAUGCCAUGAAGGACUUGGCUCAGUACGUCAACGAAGUCAAGCGAGACAAUGAGACGUUGCGAGAAAUAGAUCAGUAUCAGAAAUCCAUCGAAAACCUGAACCAGCCCCUGAGGAACUACGGGAGACCUAAGGGGGAUGGCGAGGUACGGGUGUCCUCGGUGGACAAACGAGCUAAACAGGACAGGCACAUCUUCCUGUUCGAUGCCGCGGUGAUUGUUUGUAAGCGGCGAGGAGACAACUACGAGAUGAAAGAAGUGAUCGACUUGCACCUCUUCAAGAUCACCAACAACCCCACAUCAGACAAGGAGAAUCGAAAGUGGUCCUACGGAUUCUACCUCACCCACAACCAGGGCCAGAGCGGCUUUGAAUUCUUCUUCAAGACCAAAGAGCUGAAAAAGAAGUGGCUGGAUCAGUUUGGCAUGGCCAUAUCCAACAUCCGUCCUGAGAAUGCCACUAGCAACUUCCACGAGUUUCAUAUGCACACCUUUGAAAAGAUCACCUCCUGCAACUCUUGCCACAUGCUGCUGAGGGGCGUCUUCAACCAGGGCUACCUGUGCUCCAAGUGUGGCUUAGGUGCCCAUAAAGAAUGCCUGGGCCGCUUUGGCAGCUGUGGAAAAACAGACCCCGGCUCCGGCAAACCUCAGGGCAAAGAUCGAGAUGCAGGUCGGCCUAAGAUGCUGGUGAUCAGGAACUACUUUGGUGUGCCGAGUCCUACGUCUGGUCCACCGCUCAGCAUCCAAGCGGGUGACAUCAUCGAAUUAAUCUGCGCCGACAUUCACAGCCCCUGGUGGCAGGGCAAAGUCGUGACGACGAAGGAGGUGGGCUUCUUUCCGAGCGACGCCGUGAAGCCUUGCCCGUGUGUCCCAAAGCCCAUCGACUACUCCUCCCAAACGUGGUUUGCGGGGCCCAUGGAGAGGCUGCAGGCGGAGGCGGAGCUCAUCAACCGGGUCAACAGCACCUACCUGGUCCGCCACCGAAGCCGAGAGUACACCGAGUAUGCCGUCAGCAUAAAGUACAACAACGACGUGAAGCACAUAAAGAUCCUGACGAAGGACGGCUGCUUCUACAUCGCAGAGAACAAGAAGUUCAGGAGCAUAUUAGAGCUGAUCGAGUACUACAAACACCACUCGUUGAGGGAAGGUUUUAGGAGUCUGGACACCACACUGAAGUUUCCUUACCAGGAACCGGAGAACGCCGACAUGCAACGCCUCAACCGAUCGGGUAGCACCAUGUUUACUCCAAAAGUGAUCGGCGUGGCGAUCGCGCGGUACGACUUCAGCUCACGAGACACGCGGGAGCUCUCGCUGCAGGAGGGCGACGUGGUGAAGAUCUACACAAAGUCGGGAGCCAACGGUUGGUGGAGGGGCGAGGUCAACGGCAGGGUCGGCUGGUUUCCAUCCACAUACGUGGAGGAUGGUGAGGAGUGAACGCUUGCACGCGGCUAGAAGACGACGCCAAAGGAAGAGCGGCAGCGGUGGAACGCGCAAACCGAACGUGACAGUAACGCAACAGAGGGAGCUCCCGCACCGCCGCUCGCCCGUGUUACCUCUCCGGAGCGGGGCGGGGCGGCUCUCGCCGUCCCCCAGCGGGGUCCCGCUGCCGACGGCCGUCCCGCAGGCCUUCGGGGAGGGAAACAAAAGGCGGCAGCACGUUGGCGACGCGGCGACGCCCCGUCGUUUGUGGUUGACUCUGUGUGGCUAAGUGGCUCCACCAAGUAGCAGCUUGCCUGUCAGCGGGGCUCCAGCCCUCGCCAGACAUACCCCCACCCUCCUCCUCCCUCCCUCCAGCUCCAUCCCUCCAUCCAUAAUUCACCUUCCUCUCUCUGCACCCAGACGCCCUCCCCCCUCAACUCCCACCUGUUUCUGCCGUCCGCCGGUCUGUCAAAAGUGGAUUCUCAAAUGUCACUCCUCCAUUCAUGCCAUGGCCCAUCUGUCCAUCCAUCCGUCCUCCCCACCGCCCCCCUGAGACAAUAGAGUCAUCUGAGCCGGAAAAGACCAACACCUUACUGUCUUUUUUUCUUUUUUCUUUCAUCCCCUUCUCUCUCUCUCUGGAGGGAUUUCAGUUAGUUUUGACCUUGCCUCUGUGUUGCAUCCACUAAUGCAGGUGGUUGUUGAUGACUUGAAGCCCCAGAUUCACACACACACACACACACACACACACACACACACACACACACACACACACACACACACACACAGGCACACACGCCACCCACCUCUCCUCCCCUUCAGAUUAGGAUCACCUCACAUGUCUCUUACAGGAGAUGGAGGAGAGGGAUGGCAUCGGAUAGCAUCGCUGAGCAGUGCCAGCAAUUGAUCGCUGUUGUUCCUAUUUUCCUCCCGCCGCCUACAUUCUUUAUCUGCAGCCCGGCCUCUCAUGUUUUGAGUUGUCUCGGCCGUUAGCGAUCCCCCGCUCUUAUCUGUGGCAGCUCCGUCGACAGGAGCCCAUUCGCCGAGGGUUUAUCUUAUCGGGGGGCAUUAGCGGCUUGUCGGGGGAACAAGCCACACUACCUAGAAGCCACUUGUCCCCUUAACACGGAAAGAAAAGAAGAGGUUUCUGCUUUGGGUCUUGAUAUUGAUAUUUAUAUAAUGUGUACGAGAAAUACACAUUAUUGACAAAAUAUUUCCCCUAAAUUUGGGGAAAUAUUUUGUCAAGAAAAGUGUAUUGUAUAUGUACAGACACAAAUCAGAAACCUGUUUCCACCAUUCACACUGCACACUGUCUGUUUAAUCUCCAGUGAAAGAGGAUUUCCCCACAUUUGAGAAAAUAGAAUAAAAAGGCUGUGUGUACGGGAUCAAGUAUAGUGUCUAGAGGUGAGACCAGAAAAAACCCCUUUGCAUUUGGCUUCAUGGAGUAAUGCUUUUCUGAAAAAAACAAUAAUACUCCCCGGCCGAGAUGAGACGAGAAGAGAAAACAAAACCGCAUCCGAUACGUCGAUUUUCUUUUUUUAUGCUCACACAAUGAGCAGAAGGCUGGCAAAGACUUGAUCUAGUCCUUUAAUGUCUUUCUUGAUUCAAAGCUGUUCUUUGGCUGUAUUUCUCAUGUUCCCCCUCGCUCCUCAAAUACCUUCACAUAGGCCUAAGAAAAGCAUUUAAAAAAAGCACCCAUCGUUUUUCUGCACAGCAAAACUAAUAAUGCAUCGUACAAAUGCAAUGUCUGUCACAGAAACCCACAUCAUCGUGGGGUCGCUCCCUAACAGGCAGCAUUCUCUCGUUGACAGCUUGAGUGAAAACAGGCAUCAGACAUUGAAGCCAGAACUAUCAAGAGUGGAUGGGGAAGUAUAACUAUGUGGUUAAAUUGUAGAUUCUGCCUGUGCAAUCAGCCAUCGGGCCAUUCGUGGCUUUCUUCCUGUCAUGUCUUUGUGUCCAUGCCAUUAGGAAUAGAAGUAUGCAUUUUUUUUGGUGAAGAUAUAUGCUGUUAUAUGCACUUAAUGGAGCCAUUAUGCUUGAAACUCAUUAAUAACCCCCUGACAGCCCUGCCACUACAUGACAUUAUGACAUAUAUGACGAUAGAUAUUUUUGUUCUCAGCCAUAUUGUUUAAUACUGGACUGAAGAAAAGGGUCAGAAAGAGUCCGAUUAAUGUGUUUCUGCAACGAGACGUCCCUCUGUUUCCAAACGAUCAACAGUGUCAUCGAGUGACCACUAGAUGGAAGCCUCCUAAACACAUCCCCUCCUCCCCAGGCCAGUCACCUUCAACUCGCUCAAGUUUAGAGAUGACAUCAUCUGAUUAGGAGGCCAACCGUAUUCAAGGAAGCGUCGAGCAUCAGCCUCAGACUUGCAGCUCUGAAUGCGAGGGAACAAAGAGGUCUUAUAGACAAAAUACACCAAAAUUCUACCAGACAGAUUCUCCGAGACUUUCAAAAUGUCCCGACAUUCCAGGAACGUCUAGUAUCAUUCCCCAGGAUGAUAUUUCCCCUCUCCUCCUGCUUCCAAAAAUGCCUGCAGUCUCCGACUAGUCAAACGUUAGAUCCGUAACAUCUUUCUGCAGCGGGGCAGCGGCACGGUCUGUCCCCUCUUGGGAGAACGGGAGAAGGCCGAGCGGGCUCUCUCUAAUCGCAGGCUCCGGUAAUCCACUCCCGCACUCCUCCUCCGCCCAGACGAACUCUGACAGCGGGGGCCAUUUACAACUGCAGGCCUCCCUCCGCUCCGAGCGCGCUUCCAGAUUAUUUAUUUUGUUUGCGCGCGCAGGAGGGGACGGGAGGAAGGCUCAAGGGUAUCUGUGAUCUAAUCAUUACACCAUCUCCUCACCCCGGCGACCCCGCUGCAUCCAUCUCUUCUGUCUGCUUCUCUCUCUCUCUUGUCUCUUCCACCUCGUCACUUCCCUUCGGUCGCUUUCAUCCAUUGUGUCUUUUCAACUUCUCUGUGCAUUCGGUCCCUCGCCCCGAUGCUCUGUACAAACCCGGGCAGAAUAAGGACUUGUUUUUUAUUGCUAAUUAGAGAAGGAAUAAGACACUGGCUCUCACCACAGUUUCCUCUUUUCAUAUAAUGUGCACCGUGUGCAAAGACCACGUCCAUGUAUCGAGGCUCACAGCCUGUACGUGUUGGAGGGACAAUUCAACAGGAUUUAGGUCUGGGCAAGUCUUAGCCCAGCAGGGGUUUUAGGAUUCAAUCAUAUUAACCAGCGUAGAAGGACAAAUGUGAAGCAAUCUGAACGGGAACAUAACACCCCCCAUACAUGAAGAAUACAUGUCAUACAACACAUCUCACCCGGCUGAAAAUCCACCCUUAAUCCAUUGCAAGAUCACCCAAACCUCUGUGUUAUACUGCUGCAUCGCUCACUGUGUCAUCCCUCUGAAGCCAAAGAUGUACGCUGUACCCGCGGUACGCUCAGCGUCGUGUCUCAUGUAACCGCGGUACCCGACCGCUGUGGCCUAGCUCGAAAACUGUGCAAUCUCGACUCUGUAGGUUGUGUUGUUGCUGUACCAUACUGUAAGAUAUGUACAUAGCACAUAAUAAAGAUAUACAUUCCUUCUUCUGA